GGUAGCCUAUUUAACCUGAGUGAGUUGUACACUUUUGAUCAAAACCUUGUCUUGAAAGAUAUGAAGAGGAGACUUCUGCUCGUGUCCAACUCAACCCUGCACGGGGGAGGAUAUCUGGAACAUUGUCAACAGCAGAUCAAAGACUUUUUCGGAAUAGGGGUGAAGAGGAUUUUAUUCAUCCCCUAUGCACUGUGUGAUAGAGGCUCUAACUACUUAAACAUGGCUCUAACAAAGUUUUGUCUGACAGGUUAUGAGGUGGACAGCAUACACGAGGCCCCUGACCCAGUGGAAGCUGUAAGGAAGGCUCAGGGUAUAUUUAUAGGUGGUGGCAACACAUUCCGUCUACUGAAAUGUCUCUACGACAACCAUGUGCUGUCUGAGAUCAACAAGAGGGUUCUGCAGGAUGGUGUUCCCUACAUGGGUUCCAGUGCUGGCACCAACGUCUCUACUGUCAGCAUCAACACCACCAACGACAUGCCCAUCGUGUACCCGCCCUCCUUCAAUGCCAUUGGUCUAGUGCCUUUCAACAUCAAUCCUCACUUCCUGGAUACGGACCCUAACAGCAGACACAUGGGGGAGACACGAGAGCAGAGGAUCAUUCAGUACCACGAGGAGCCUGACACUCCAUCUGUUCUGGGCUUGAGAGAGGGUUCCAUGUUGCUCGUGGAAGGAAACAAGGCUACUCUACUGGGCACCUGCAAGGCACGGCUGUUCACCAGGGGGAAGCCAACAACAGACUUUGAAUCUGGCAGCGACCUCAGCUUCUUGCUGACAGACAGACAGUGAAGUUGUACACCUCCGAUCUCCACGGCAAGACUGAGGCAGAUCCCUUCAAGUGGAAAUGUACUUAUAUGAUUUAUCAAAAUAAAUAUUAUUACCCCCCCAAAAAAUAGUCUUAUGCAUAAAUUGUGUGGGGAGGGAGAUAUUAUCAUUUUACUAAGGUGAACUUAGAUGAUUUAUGAAACAACUAGCCACAGUACAUCAGAUAACUCGAAUAUCAGUGUGCUAUAAAAGGUUAUCAGAAUCGGAGACGAUAAUGUGGCAACAAAGAAAUGAAAGCAGGGCACAAAGAAAUGCUUAUGGUUUUUAAAACAUUUAAUUCAGGAAAGAUCAAAACGGUGUCAACUCAACCAGAUAUGUGAGGAAGGAAUAAUUCAUUUUCAGUAAUAUUAUCUUUAAAAAAAAACAACAACACCCAAAAAGUAUGAACAAGGAACAACUUGAAAUCAAUUGAAAAUAAAAAGUCUGGUAAAAUGACAUUAUUGUAACAUGAAACGUGCUUUAAGAUCAAUAAUAGAACAGAUGAAGCAGUGGAUGAUGGGUAAUUAGAUACUAUAGUGCUCUAAUGCAACAACAACAAAAAACAAGUUCCACGUUGAUUACCCAAUAUGGGUCAAUUCAUCCUUUUAAUGCACAUAGUGACGUGCACAUAUAAUCCUGUAUCUGGAGAGUGGAAAAUUGCCCGGGGAUGUUUUUCAAUUGCAGAAGCAUAACAUACAAUACUCUCAACAAUAAGUCCAUAUCCACACCUUGCAG